GCCGGGCCUGCAGUGCGCAGAGGACGCGGCGUGAGCAUGUACCAACUGCUGAGCCGGAGCCUAGGCCGAGGUCUCCUGCGGACCGCUGGGCGGCGGUGCCGGGGCUGGCCGGCGCGCCCGCUCCUGGGGCCGGCAGGAGGCCGGCUGCCCGAGGUGGAGGUGCCGGCCUCCCGAGUCGCGCCGCCCGGCCGGGGUCCGGGCCUGCUGCCGCUGCUGGCAGCCCUCUCCUGGUUCUCGAGGCCCGCUGCGGAGGAGGAGGAGGAGCGGCGGGGAGCGGGCGGGGCCGCCGCCGGGGACGCGGCGGACGAGGCCGAGGCCGAGAUCAUCCAGCUGCUGAAGCGAGCCAAGUUGAGCAUCAUGAAAGAUGAGCCAGAAGAGGCUGAGCUAAUUUUGCAUGACGCUCUUCGUCUUGCCUAUCAGAGUGAUAACAAGAAGGCCAUCACUUACACUUAUGAUUUGAUGGCCAACUUAGCAUAUAUACGGGGUCAGCUUGAAGAUGCAGAAAAACUGUUUAAAGCAACAAUGAGUUACCUGCUUGGAGGGGGCAUGCAACAGGAAGACAAUGCAAUCAUUGAAAUCUCUCUAAAGCUGGCCAGUAUCUAUGCUGCUCAGAAUAGACAGGAAUUUGCUCUUGCUGGCUAUGAAUUCUGCAUUUCAACUCUAGAGGAAAAAAUUGAAAGAGAAAAGGAAUUAGCAGAAGACAUUUUGUCAGUGAAAGAGAAAGCCAAUACCCACCUCCUCCUUGGCAUGUGCUUAGACGCCUAUGCUCACUACCUUCUGUUCUCCAAGCAGCCAUCACAGGCACAAAGGAUGUAUGAAAAAGCUUUGCAGAUUUCUGAAGAAAUGCUAGGAGAAAGACACCCACAGACCAUCGUGCUGAUGAGUGACCUGGCUACCACCCUGGAUGCACAGGGCCGCUUUGAUGAGGCCUGUGUUUAUGUGCAAAGGGCAUCAGAUCUGGCGAGACAGACAGAACAUCCUGAGCUACACAUGCUGCUCAGUAAUCUGGCUGCAAUUUUGAUGCACAGAGAACGAUAUGCACAAGCAAAAGAGAUCUACCAGGAAGCACUGAAGCAAGCAGAACUGAAAAGAGAUGAGGUUUCUAUACAGCACAUCAGGGAAGAGCUGGCUGAGCUGUCAAGAAAAAGUAGACCUUUGACUUAGUUUUAUCAAGCUCUACAUCCCUUUUUUGUUGUAGGGAAUUUGCAGUAACAGCUAUUAUUCCAGUCUCAGUGGCACCCAAAUCAGUGGCUUAAAUAGUUUGUCCUUGAUAUUCAGGUUUUCUCAGCUUAGCCUUGCUGAAGGACAAGUUGUAUAUACACACUGCCACGUUUGUUUUUUAAAGGGAAAACAACUUUCAUCCCCAGCUGAUAUUUGACUUCUAAGGACGGAUGUCAAGUGAUGCUUUCACUUGUAACAGCUGUGCUGGCCACGCUGGUCUAAGUGUAACUACGGAGGAAGAUAGGCCAGUUUCCCUCUGGGCUGAGUGGUGGUAAUUCAGCAGGCAUCUCUACCAUAAGAUUUUACUCCGUUGAUUUGCUGCCCUCUGUUCUCUGAUUUUAUCAAUAUCUGGCAGACCAGAGCUACCUGUCUCAUGGCAAAGGGGGAUUAUGGUGAGUUAUUUUUCUUAUAAUCUAUUUCAUGAACCCCAGUGUGGGAUUUAAUGCAUAAAGGAGGAAAAAUAAUAUCUUGGUUUGCCACCAGCAUCCAGCAUAAGGUUUUAAAGUGGGAAUUAGUCACUUGAAAAGUAUAGCACCCACCUGAUUAUAAAUGAAAGUGAACUGUAUGUUUUUGUAUGUAUCUGAUUAUAUAUAAUUGUGGAAAAAGGCGGGGAAAAGGAAUGAUUAUUUCUUCUUGUCAGUGCUAUCUAUCUGAGCACUCUGCUUCCUUUGCAACCUAGGGCAUUCUAAUAUGUACCGCUGGUACAGUAGAAGAAUCACUGAGCUGGAUGCUAGCCCUGGCUUUUUGAGGGUGGGUCUCAGCAUCCUCAUCUGUAAAGUAUGAGAACAAAUGAGAUUCUCUCUUAGCCAUGGGAGAACAUAUUUGGUCAGAUGACCUUAAAGGAAUAGACUGCUAUGUUCAAAGGGCUUUAUCACACUGCUUCAAAGUAUAUCAAGUAUAUAAAUAGAAGAUACAUACAUGGAUGUUUUUACCUUAGCAGUCUUGCAAAGUGCCAUUUGCCUAGGGGAAAGGCAAUUUUUCUAGGUACUAUGAAGGAACACUGUUAUUGUUGGUAUGCCUUUGGGGGUGGGGCUGUGAGUGGGAAUGAUAAACUGCUAUUUUUGGUUCCUAUGUACGUACUGAAAGAAUCCUUUCAUAAUAAACUAGAGACUCUACAACAAUA